AUGAACAAGUUAGCAAUGGCAAGCCUUGCCAGCACUAAAAGCGCCCCCACCAGCAGCAGCAGCAGCAGCAGUGGAAAAAGCAUGUUUGGCACGACCAGCAGUAGCAAGAGCCCCACCAAGGAGAUGAAAAAGAACAGGAAGACGGUGCGUCUCUUGUCCUCCUUGCUGUUAUUGACCAACAAAAAGCACCAAAAAGGCAACUCCCAACCCGAGCAUGAUCUAGACCAAACCUCCACCAUGAUGAGCAUAACCGAAGGGUUUUCAGAGACUCCGGAAUUUAGUGAGACAGCUGUGUUCAGUGCUCGUGGGUUAGGUGCUGAUCAUGAGACUGAAGAAGCCGCCAUACACAAGCGCGACAUGCAAGAAGAACAAGAACAGGUUGUACAAGAAGGAGAUGCCAAGCAAGAAGAAGUUGCACAAGAAGUUGCACAAGAAGUUGCACAAGAAGACGACGAAGUUACACGAGAAGAACAAUGCACUGCUCGUAGCAAAGCAACCUUUGAAAUUGAUGUGGAUGAAGUCGAGGAGGCGUUGGCUGGACUGAAUACUGACAACUUGGAGGAUUCGUUGCGUUUGAUGUGCCUCAAUGAACCUCAAGAAGAAAAUGUGGAAGUAACCCCAAAGCAAGCAGAGACUCGGAUGGUCCAAAAACAGGUACACAAAAAGCAACCAAGCAAGAAGCACGCAACCACCAACCAGCAUGGGCGCUUUCGAGGCCACAUCCUCCGGCGACUCCAGAAGCAGCUGAAGGAAGCACAAGCAACCUACAAGUCAUACACCUAUGGCCGGUACGGACUCCACUUUGCCAUUGAGGAGGAGCAAGAGCAGCAGGAGGAGCAAGAGCAGGAGGACGACGAGGACGAUGAAAUGAACCAGUCGAGCACCAGCACGGUUGGUCUCUAUUACUAG